ACCGGGCGGAUAAGGCCCAUCAGUCCACUGUGUCCGCUGCGCUGGGUCUACACGCUGCUCCGCCUGUCUCCGCCGCUCCCGCAAACUUUAGCCGCCAUGAUUCUGUACUCGUUCUUCAUGAGCUCGUGCUCGUGGCGUGUGCGAGUCGCUCUGCGUGCAAAAGGAAUCGACUACGAAUAUCGUCCCAUCAACCUCCUGAAAGGCGAGCAGCGCGGCGAGGAGUUUCUGAAGGUGAACCCCAUGGGACAAGUCCCCACCUUCAUCGACGGAGACCUGAUGCUCACCCAGUCGAUGGCUAUACUGGAGUAUCUGGAGGAACUCCAGCCCGAGCCGAGUCUUCUGCCGUCCGACCGCUCGCAGCGGGCCAUCGUGCGUCAGAUCUGUGAAAUGAUCAACGCGGGGAUCCAGCCGGUGCAGUCUGGUGCCUACGCGCGGCUGGAGGCGGUCGGUGGAGAGGGUGCCGGCCUGGCCUGGGGUCAGGAGGCCAUCGAUAAGGGGUUCACGGCGCUGGAGGGGGUGCUGGCCAAGACUGCCGGGACGCACUGCGUGGGUGACGAGCUGACCCUCGCCGACUGCUGCCUGGUGCCGCAGGUGCUAAAUGCCCAGCUGCGGUUCAAAGUGGACACCACCAAGUUUCCCAUCAUCACUCGCCUUCACAACUAUCUCGUACAGAGGCCCGAGUUUGCCGAUACCCACCCGGAGAAGAUGGUGGAUUGUCCUCCAGGGUUUAUGGCCGGUAUCGCGGCUAAAAAUGCAGCGGAGAAGAGGUGAAGGGUGGAGGGGGAGAUCUGCGGAUGGGGAAUGAUGGUGAGGUGAUGUGGGGGGGGGGGGAGACUUACGACCGAUGGCGGAUUGGGACUCAGUGACUGAUAACUGAGAGCUGACGGUGACUGAGAGUUGUGACUGAUGAUUUCCCAUACCUGCUACAUUGCAUGAUUAAAUCGAGACAUCCAGGCAUUUAAACGGCACGUGCACUGUACCACACUUUUCAAAGUUUAAUGCAAUGCUUUAAUAUUACAAGCCGUGUGGUUCAAGGGGUGUGGUUAAACACGCUGAACCACACGGCUGCUGACGUCACUAUCAUAUAGUUGUGAGCUUUUUGGCAGGUAUGGGAAACACCUUCCAGCCCUAAGGCCGGGAAUUCAAUAAAUGUCACCUCGCUUUUUUAGCAAAAUCACCUCGGGCCUAACGGCCCUCGGAGUUUUCGCUAAAAAACCUCGGUGACAUUUAUUGAAUCAUCCCGGCCCCGGGCAGGAAUAUAUUAUGUCGAACGGUGACAGACUGAUGAGUGACAUUCUCUGGCGAAUAACUAGCUUUAUGCUGUUGACUAAUAAAGCACCAUGACUUCCGUCAAGUUUACCGUUACUUGUACCUAAUCGAGACUUGACUUAGACCCGUCUUUGACUGCGACUAGUGAUGAACCGUUAAUGACGAUAAUCUGAAGACCGAAAAUGACUGACUCAGUGACAACUGCAUCAACUCGCGACUGAGACCGCUGACUUGACGCCUGAAAUAGUCGCGUGAGUUGAAGUUCAAUGUUAGUUUUACGCUAGCUCUGCGAAGAACAAAUAGAUGCGAAGGUGAAUGAACGAUGAAUUUCUGCCGAAUCGUCAUGAUUCAGCAGUAUGCUGGAAGCUAUUGUGCAUAUCUACAAAGUCACGGUCAAAUCUGUGCUGACUUGGCCACGACAGCGGCAGCAUCUGGCUAUUUAUUUGCACGUUUUUUCUAUUAAUAUGUCAACACAGGACGGCAAGCGUUUUUACAGCGAUACAUGACGAUCAUAAUUGCUUCUUUAGUUUUGUUAAAUAUACUUUUAUACUUUUAAA